AAAGAACUCUAGAAGUCAUGAUCACUUCACAGCUUCUCCCUGCUCUUACUCUUGUGCUUCUCCUAUUUAAAGAGGGUGGAGCCUGGUCAUACAAUGCCUCCACAGAAGCCAUGACUUUUGACGAGGCUAGUACUUACUGUCAGCAAAGGUACACACAUCUUGUCGCGAUUCAAAACCAGGAAGAGAUUAAAUACCUGAACUCCAUGUUCAGCUAUACACCAACUUACUACUGGAUUGGAAUCAGGAAGGUCAACAAGAAGUGGACCUGGAUAGGGACCCAGAAGCUACUGACCGAAGAAGCCAAGAACUGGGCUCCUGGUGAACCAAACAAUAAGCAAAACGAUGAAGACUGUGUGGAGAUCUACAUCAAGAGGGACAAGGACUCGGGGAAGUGGAAUGACGAGAGAUGUGACAAAAAGAAGCUUGCCUUAUGUUACACAGCUGCCUGUACCCCUACAUCCUGCAGCGGCCAUGGUGAGUGUGUGGAGACUGUCAACAACUACACAUGCAAGUGCCACCCUGGCUUCAGAGGUCUCAGGUGUGAGCAAGUUGUGACCUGUCAAGCCCAGGAGGCCCCUGAGCACGGAAGCCUGGUUUGCACUCACCCUCUGGGGACCUUCAGCUACAAUUCUUCCUGCUUUGUCAGCUGUGACAAGGGUUACCUCCCAAGCAGCACGGAAGCCACACAGUGCACUUCCACAGGGGAAUGGAGCGCUUCUCCUCCAGCCUGCAAUGUGGUUGAGUGCAGUGCUUUGACAAAUCCUGCCAAUGGAGUCAUGGACUGUCUCCAAAGCUCUGGAAACUUCCCAUGGAACAUGACAUGUACCUUUGAGUGUGAAGAAGGAUUUGAACUAAUGGGACCCAAGCGCCUCCAGUGUACCUCAUCCGGGAACUGGGACAACAGGAAGCCAACAUGUAAAGCUGUGACAUGUGGUGCCAUCGGCCAUCCUCAGAAUGGGUCUGUGAGCUGUAGCCAUUCCCCUGCUGGUGAGUUCACCGUCAGAUCCUCCUGCAAUUUCACCUGCAACGAAGGCUUCCUGAUGCAAGGGCCAGCCCAAAUUGAAUGUACUGCACAAGGACAAUGGAGUCAGCAAGUCCCAGUUUGUAAAGCUUCUCAGUGCAAGGCCUUGUCCAGCCCAGAGAGAGGCUACAUGAGCUGUCUUCCUGGUGCUUCUGGAAGUUUCCAAAGUGGGUCCAGCUGUGAGUUCUUCUGUGAGAAGGGAUUUGUGUUGAAGGGAUCCAAAACACUCCAGUGUGGCCUCACAGGCAAAUGGGACAGUGAAGAGCCCACAUGUGAAGCUGUGAAAUGUGAUGCUGUCCAGCAGCCCCAGGACGGCUUGGUGAGGUGUGCCCAUUCCUCUACUGGAGAGUUCACCUACAAGUCCUCCUGUGCCUUCAGCUGUGAGGAAGGCUUUGAAUUACAUGGGUCAGCUCAGCUUGAGUGCACAUCUCAGGGACGGUGGUCACAGGAGGUCCCCUCUUGCCAAGUGGUGCAAUGUUCAAGUCUGGCAGUUUCCGGAAAGAUGAACAUAAGCUGCAGUGGGGAGCCUGUGUUUGGUGCUGUAUGUGCGUUUGCAUGUCCUGAAGGAUGGACACUCAAUGGCUCUGCAGCUCUGAUGUGUGACGCCACGGGACACUGGUCUGGGAUGCUGCCUACCUGUGAAGCUCCCACGGAGUCCAGCAUUCCCUUGGCAGUUGGACUCACUGCUGGGGGGACCUCCCUCCUGACAGUAGCCUCAUUUCUCCUCUGGCUCCUGAAACGCCUGCGGAAGAGAGCAAAGAAAUUUGUUCCUGCCAGCAGUUGCCAGAGCCUUCAAUCAGACGGAUCCUAUCACAUGCCUUUGUAGUUAUUUUAAGUCCAAAGGAAUGAGGAACACCGGUACCUCCAGGGAACUAGAACAAUACUCUGAUGAUGGUAGAGACAGAGAGCACUCCUCUGGUUCCUGGCACUUCUCACCUCCCACAACCUGCCACCUUUACAGCUGAGAGCAUGGCCCCCAUGAGGAGUUCAACGUUCCAAACUCCAGUGGGUGAGGCCAGCCUGCCACCAGCAAGACUCAGCUUUCUCUUUCCUCUUCUCGGCAUCUGGAAAAUGUUGGCUGAUGGAGGGAAAACAUGUUCUCUUCCAGGCAAAAGUGAAGAGACUCAGGCUCUGGAAUCUCCGAAUCCCUGUUCUAACUCUCUUCCCUGCUCACUGUGAGAUCUCAGCAGAGAAACAGUAUUUUGUGAUAUUAUUUCUUUCUUUUGCUCCUCACUGUGUCUCAACUACUGAUUACACGGUUGCUGUCACUGGGAUGAAUAAUUGCCAAGGAGUUUAGGGGAAACAACUUGGUCAAAGAUAUUCUAUCACCAACAUGCAAAAAAAAUAUUUUAAAUGCCCACAGGCGAGUACAUGGGGAAAUCCUGCUUAAUACUUUGUGCAAGGAUUGCUAAACACAGUCCUAAUCCCUUUUACCCCUGUGGGAUUCAGUGCAUUUUAAAGUGUUCUUAGAGAUUUUAAAGUGUUCUUUUAUUUGCAUUGGCUAAAGUACAAUUUUCCCUAAUUCUUAAUUCAGUGUAAGUGUUUAGAGACUUUAAAAUAUAUGCAUGUUAGAGCUAUGAUAGGGUAAAAGUUACUUAUCAGGGAUCUUUGUUUAUGAAGGGACUCUAAUGUUAUAUCUGUAGUAAAUUCAUUUUUAAAAGGGGCAAAUGCUGUCCCCAGUAUUACGUGAAUCAGUGUAAAGUUGUGAAUGUUUUUACUAUAGUUGCUUUUAAAAACAUGAAUAGUGGGGCACCUGGGUGGCUCAGUCAGUUAAGUAUCUGACUCUUGACCUCAGCUCAGGUCUUAGUCUCAGGGUCAUGAGUUCAAGCUCUUCAUUGGGCUCCAUGCUGGAUGUGGAGCCUACUUUAAAAAAAAUAAAAAUAUGAGUAGUAUCAGGAAAGUAGAACCUGCAUGGCAUAUAUUUGUACACUGUCAGCUAUUUUUUCAGAGGUAUGUGGUUUUCCAUGAUGAAAAACUUCCGUGAGGCCAUUUAUGUAUUAUGUAAACAUAAAUGCAAACCAGUUAAGGUACACUUUUAUGAAUAUCUUUGUUGAAAAAAACAUAUAGAAAUAUGGAUGUACUUUGCAUUCUUACAAAGAUGCUUGUCAGGUGCAAUGUGUCAAUAUAUAAUUCUUGAAUAUUACAUAAAAUUUUAAAUUCAUGGUAGGAACUCACUGUGUAAAAGAUUUGCCCAGUGGAUUUUUUUAAAAAGUGAAGACUUUUAAUAUUUAUUCCCUAAUUGAGUUAUUUUGUUUAUUAGGAUGUUCAUGAAGAAAGGAAAGUCUGUAUGAGUGUUUAUAUUUAUGUAUAAAGGAGUUUAAAAUUCCUAAGGAAUCUCCAAGAUUCAACUGAUCAUUGACAGUGAGAAAUUCUUGGCCCGUCCAUCACCAGAACUUCUUGCUCCAUCUUGCAAAUGAUGUGAGAAUCAAAACUGUCCCACACUUUCACUAAUUUAGCAUGUAUUGAAAAAUAAAAGUUUCAGAUUAAGUGCUGGCUGCAUGUUGGCAAAGGCAAAGCCAAAAGUAAACAGAAGAGGCUAAGGGUCAGAACGUCAGAGAUUUUGACAGGGCAAAAGAACUCUGGGAAAUAAAGCUACCUAUGGAAUAGGUACCUAUGGAAUACCUAUGUAUCAUUUUCUCUGAAAUUGCUCAAAUAUUGUAAAUAUGAAUAUUUGUAUAUACUGCAAUGGAAAUAUUGUCUGGAAUGUAAGUGUGGUCUGUGUUUGGGUUUGAUAAAGUAUUUUAAAUUAUGAUUUUAAAAUAUUUUAUAGCUUUUAAAGUAUGUAUUUAUUUAGGCUUAUGCCAUACCUAUUUUGUAUUUGACAUGGCAGUACAAAGUUUGAUAAUAAAAAUGUUUGUAUUU